CCCUUCCCCGAGCCGGCGGCAGCGUCUCCAGGGGCAACAGCAAUGGCGGCCCCCACGUCCGAGCGGCUCUUCUCUCUGGAGCUGCUCGUAGACUGGGUGCGUCUUGAAGCCCGGCUGCCGCCGCCGCCGCCGCCGCCACCCGUCGUCGCGGUGGAGGGGGAGCAAGAGGAGGCCGAGGAGGAGGAGGAGGAGGAGGCACGGCCGCCACCGCCGUCGCGCGACCUGUGCCCCGCGGUGGCCUUCCGCCUGCUGGACUUCCCCACGCUGCUGGUUUACCCCCCGGAAGGCCCCGGCGCCCCAGCCCCGGAACCCCGGCCCGGCCUGGUCCGCUUCGGUCGCGGCAAGUCCUGCCUCUUCCGCCUGCACGCCGCCACCCUGCACCGCCUGCUCCUGCGGACCCCGCUCUACACCUUGCUGCUGCAGCUGCCCCCGGGGCGCCCGACUCCUGCCCCCCAGCUCCUGGGUGCCUGCAGCAUCUCGCUGGCCGCCGCCGCCCACCAGGUCCUGGGGCCGGCCGCCUCUGGCUGCUCCCAGGGUCGCCGCGGAAGUUUCCCCCUGCGUGACCACGUUGGGCAGCGGGUUGGGGACAUUGCUCUGGGCUACCGCUUGACUGACUUGGGAAGCAGCCUGCUGAGCCACCUUGAGAGGCCAGUCGCUUCCGCGGGAGGUGAGGUGGAGCGUGCAGAAGUCGCUUCCCAAGCCCCGCAGGAAACACAGCAACCCAAGUCAGAGCCCGGAACCAAGGAUGCUGAUAGGUUUCUCGCCAGUUUAAGAGUCCCAAAGGCACAGAAGGAGUUGAGGGAAAUAGCUUUCCACCGUCAGACCAACUCCGGUAACAGAGUUUCUUCGGAGCAUGGCAAAACCAGCUCUGUGUGUUCAAAUUCUAGUGGGGUGAGGAGCGUCAGCCCCCCAGAUCAGGAAGUCACAGAGUUGGACGUUGAAACCAACACAUUUUGCCCCCCUCCUCUGUAUUACACUCAUUUGACGCCAGAAAAGAUGCCUCCUGUACGGGGUACAAUCACCAUUAAGCCACAGAUAAAUGUACCUGAGGGAUUGAAUGGUAUUUUUCUGGAGGAAAAUCGUGCAACUGCCCCAACAGAUACUGAUUGUCUGAAACCUACUAAGUCUGGGACCCGGGAGAGUCCUCCAAUGCUCAUAAAUACCCGCCAUGUUCAGGAUGUAGGAGCAAGUGAUCAAACUGCAGAUCAUGCCCAAACUGAACAGAAUAGAGUUGAUACAAUAAGGCAGCUGCCUUUGUUAAAUGCUUUGUUGGUUGAGUUGUCUGUGUUACACAACCAACCUGUGGCAAGCCCUACUCAAAUACAUCCUCACCUAGCCUGGUUAUAUAGAACUGAGGAUAAGAGGUCACCAGAAUCUUCUACCAAAUGCACAUGUAAAUCUGAAUCUAAGGAUAAGCUUUCAAUGGGGGGAAAUGAAAAGUCAGUGAAUCUUCAGUAUAAAAAGAACCAAGCUGAAAAUCUCAAAAAAGGUAAAUAUUUUGAAGAGAACAGUGAUAACCCUCCCAAAAGAGUUCCGAGGGGGAAGCUGCUCUAUGGUUUAACAAAGACACUUAAACUACGUUUAAAGCAGACAAAUCCUGAUAUGUUGGUAGUACAUGAAAAAAGAGAACAGUAUAGAAAAAUGCAAGCACAGAUGUUAGGUACAAAACUCAGAAUUCCAUCAUCUAAAGUUAAAGCAUUAAGCUUUGCCAAAGUACAUCAGAAGCCACACCAACUACCUAAAGAUAAGUGUUUGGAAUUAGAUGCAUCUUUUGCUGAAAACAGUGAUACCUCAAAGCAAAUCAGUGGAGUUUUGGGUGACCCUAGCACAAGUCAAGAAACUAAACUGAAAUGUGCAGCUGAAAAAACAGUAGAUUGUAAACAUAGAAUAAGUAAUGGUUUAUUGAAAGAAAUUGCGAGUCCUACAAAUUCCAUUGUUCUGGAAGGGCUUACUCCUGCAAGUAUUUUGGAAGGAAAAAUGGAUAUGAAAGUCCAGAGUCCACGUGUUUUCCAACAAGUUGCAGUUGUUGACAGAAUUGUGGUAGAUAAAGAAAUAGAGAAUAAACAGGUCAAAACCACUGAUACUCUUACUGAUAAUAUGAGUGAAAAUAAACCAAGUAAAAAUAGUUGCUCUGAAAGCAUCUCAGAAUUAAAGUAUUCAGAUGACUUCACCAGCCCUUGCUCUUCUGAAGAUUUCUCUACCACUGAGGACACUAGCAGGAUUUUACAAGCUCAUGAUAGCAGUCCAGAGGCAGAAAAUCCAAAAUAUAAUCGAUGCACAAGUAAAUCUAGUGAAACAAUACUGUCCAUAAGAAAAAACAGCAGUGAAAAGAGUUCUGUUCUUAGCCCACCUUUUUCAGCUGGAUCACCAGUACACUCAUCUAAAAGAUCUCCUAUUUCAAAGAUUCAAGAUAAAAGUUUGGAGGAAACAUCGAGUAUCUUUACCAGUGAUUUAUCUUUAUUACAUUGGACUGAGGAAAAAGAAAAUCAUAUAGAUCAAAAUGGUAUGCAUAAUUCUAAAGUUGUAAAGAGGGAUCAGGACAUGUCUAUAAAACUUAAAACAAGAACUGGUGGCAAGUCUUCAGAAAAAAGCCAGUCACCUCGGACAUCUCAAGUGAGUUCUUAUCUGCCAUCUAAUUUGUCAGAACUAGAACUUAAUGUUCUGGAUAGCAGUACAUCAGAUCACUUUGAGGAAGAGGAUGAAGUUGCUUCACUAAAUAUUUCCAAGCAAUGCAGAGAUAUUUGUGAAUUAGUGAUAAAUAAACUUCCAGGAUAUACAGUGUGAAAAUAUGUGCUUUUAAAAAGCAUUUCAUUUUCUAUAACCUAUGUGUACUGUUAAGUGAAAAAAUUUUUAAUAAUUCUUUACAUUAUUUUAGUAUAUAAAUUACAUGAGUAAUUCUUUUUUAAAAAUACAUUAUUUUGAUGUCUAGAUGAUACUCUGUUAUACUGGACAAUAUUAAUCAUGAAAUUACCUUAUAAUGUAGGUAAGAUUUAGGUUGUUUAUCUUAUAAGAAUAAAAAUAUCUUUCUAAACUAUCUCAAAGUAUCUAUCUGAAAGUACCAGUCAUCCUAAAGCUGACUCAGGCACACCAUUAAAAAAAAAAGAAGGCUAAUUAAUAAUUAGGAUAACCUCAGAUUUUAAUAGGAAUAAAUCAUUUAACAAAUAUAGAAGAACCUACUGUAUAAGAUGCCGAAAGGUACAAAAAUAUUUAAGAUAUAGCCCCUGUAGGUAGAGUUUACUGUUUUAUACAGAUUUUUUUUAGGGAAAUCUUAGAUACGUACACACCCCAUAUCCCCAGUAGGUGAAGUCCUUUUUCUAUGUUGUCAUUGUGCUCUAUACUUCCAAUCAGUGUAUGUAUGUUCUUUGUAUCUAGCGCAGUCUGGCAUGUGGGUGCGAUAAAAGCAUGUGUUGAAGGAAUUAAUAAAGGCCAUGCAUUUACACUAAGCUGAUGGGAGGAACAAAAUUAAGCAAACAAGUAGAAAUCCUAAGAAUAAGCAGCAGAAAAUCCUUAUUGGAAAUAUGGUUAUUUGACUACAAUAUUUUUGUUUUGCUGUCUAUAAAUAGCCUGUAGGUGUUCUCUAAAGUUUUUGGGGAAGGAAGAGAAGGAAGUUAAAAGAGAUGUCCUCCAGUUUCUUGUAUAGAAAUUCAAUUUAUUGUUGUCAUUUCCGGUUUUUCCAAAAUUGUUAAAAGUAUGAAAGUUUGUCUUUAGAAAUUCUAGUGAUCAUUUCUCUAUAAUUUUUUCCAUAGAUUUUGUACUUAAACCUUAUUCUGUGUUCAAACAUUUACAUGUACUUUUUUCCGUUAUAUUUUAAUUUUUACACUUUUUAAUAUGUUUGAUAUUUUUGGAUGUAUGAAGCGAAGACCUAAUUUUCUUUCCUUUAUGAAUAAUUAAAUAACUAGGCAUUAUCUUUUGAAUGAUAAUAAUUGAUAAAAUUCAGUAAAAUGGUAAAGAAUGAGGAUGUUAUAUUUUGAGAAACAAUAUGAAUAAAAGAAAUAUGGGAAUGAGCA